AUUUAAUUGUUAAAUGGUGUUAAUUUGUGUGAUGACCAUUUUGCCCAAUUUGAAGCCUUCUUAGCUCCACCUCUUUAAAUCUCUCACAAUCUCCCCUUAACUAUCGAUACAUCACUACAAGAAAAAAGCAAGCAACCAUAGUGAUGGAACUAGAAGUACCCCAAAUGACAAGAUGGGAAGGCUAUGUAGACUGGAGGAACAAGCCUGCCCUUAGAGGUCGCCAUGGAGGCAUGCUUGCAGCCUCCUUCGUUCUUGUUGUGGAGAUAUUGGAGAAUCUAGCGUUUUUGGCCAAUGCAAGCAAUUUGGUUUUGUAUCUAAGGGAGUAUAUGCAUAUGUCUCCUUCAAAAUCAGCUAACAAUGUAACCAAUUUUAUGGGAACAGCUUUUCUUCUUGCUCUCCUUGGUGGUUUUUUGUCGGAUGCAUUUUUCACCACUUAUCAUGUCUACUUGAUAAGUGCAGUUAUUGAGCUCUUGGGUCUAAUUGUACUAACCAUACAAGCUCAUGUUCCUUCACUAAAGCCAACAAAAUGUGAAGGAGAAACUCCAUGUGAAGAAGUUAAUGGUGGAAAAGCAACAAUGUUGUUCGCCGGUCUCUAUCUCGUGGCUCUCGGAGUUGGAGGAAUUAAAGGAUCGCUUCCAGUGCACGGCGGCGAACAAUUUGAUGAAUCAACACCAAAUGGAAGAAAGCAUAGAUCAACAUUCUUCAACUACUUUGUGUUCUGCCUAUCAUGUGGUGCACUUAUUGCUGUUACUUUUGUUGUUUGGGUUGAAGAUAAUAAAGGUUGGGAAUGGGGUUUUGCAAUAUCAACUAUUAGCAUAUUUUUGUCUAUUCCUGUUUUCUUGGCUGGCUCUACAACUUACAGGAAUAAGGUUCCUUCAGGAAGUCCACUUACAACCAUUCUAAAGGUUGUUGUAGCAGCAUCACUAAACAUCUGCACCAACAGAAACUCUAGCAGUUCUGUUAUGAACAUGUCAUCUAGUUCUUUUUAUCCAAACUCACAAACAGAUCCAUCAACCUUAAAAACAACAACAUCAACUGAAACAAACCAAACACAAUCCUUCAAAUUCCUCAACAAUGCAAUCACAAACAAACCAAUCCAUCCAUCACUCCAAUGCACAAUCCAACAAGUAGAAGAUGUCAAAACAGUACUUAAAAUACUACCAAUAUUUGCUUGCACAAUCAUGCUCAACUCUUGCUUAGCUCAACUAUCAACAUUCUCAAUUGAACAAGCUUCCACAAUGAACACAAAACUUGGUUCCCUUAAUGUUCCACCAGCUUCAUUACCAAUUUUUCCUGUCCUGUUUUUAAUGAUCCUAGCACCAAUUUAUGAUCACGUCAUAAUACCUUAUGCUAGAAAAUUACCCAAAUCAGAAAUGGGAAUAACACAUCUCCAAAGAAUUGGAAUUGGAUUAAUAUUAUCUAUAAUAGCAAUGGCAGUGGCUGCACUUGUUGAAAUUAAAAGACAAAGGGGGGUGCAAAUAGCAAAUAUCUCAAAACCAUUACAAAUUUCAGUUUUUUGGAUAGCUUUUCAGUACUUGUUUCUUGGUUCAGCUGAUCUUUUCACUUUAGCUGGAUUAUUGGAGUUUUUCUUCUCAGAAGCACCUUCAAGUAUGAGAUCUUUGGCUACAUCACUUUCUUGGGCUUCUUUGGCAUUAGGAUAUUAUCUUAGUUCAAUGAUUGUGUCUUUGGUUAAUGGUGUUACUGGUAAUAAUGGUCAUAAACCAUGGUUAUCUGGUGCUAAUCUUAAUUACUAUCAUUUGGAGAGAUUCUAUUGGCUUAUGUGUUUGCUAAGUGGAUUGAAUUUUCUGCAUUAUUUGUAUUGGGCUGUCAGGUACAAAUAUAGAGGGAGAGGGAGUGGUAAUGAAUGAAGGAAAUGGAAAAUUUUCAAAAGUUGUAUAUGAAGUUAUCAACACUUUGGUUUAAAUGUUCAUUUAUCAAAAUUUUGCCAAGUCAAUCUUAGGAAGCUGUUGUGUAUAAUUGACUGCAAUAUAUAUAUAUAUUGGCACACACUUGUAAUAAUUUGUAACUCUUUUGGUUACUAUUAUUAGUGAAAGCAAAUGGUUUCUAUA